AUGGUGCAACGAAGAUGGAAAAAUCUAAGGACAUGCUUUGCAAGAGAAUUAAGUGAGCAAAAAUCGGUCAAGUCAGGACAACCAGCCGGAAAGCGCCGAAAGUACAAAUUUUACGAUCAACUUUUAUUUCUUCUACCAACCGUAGAAGUAUGUGAAACAAGUGGAAAUGCUGAACCACUAGUAAGCAAUGAGAAACCUGAGGAAACAGAGGACGUUCGAAGGCCACCUAUUGUUCGUUCUCCGCAUACCUCUUCCAAUCCAAAUAAUAAGAAGAAGAAGAGUUAUGAAGAAACUUUACUCGACAUACUUCGAGAGAAGAAAGAAACUGCUUCAUUAAUGGAUUACCCUACAACACAUUUCGCAUUGUCUCUUGUACCUAUGGUGAAAGCAGUAUCCACACACCGAAUUAUCGAUGCACAAAUUGAGAUUCUUCAGGUAAUAAUACGUUUCCAGAACACGUGUCUACCAAAUGACCCGUGA